AUGGGAAUGCAAGGCCCUUUGACCGCCCAAGCUCUUGGGCGGUCACCAUAUGAUGAUGUUGUAGAAUGGGAUGACGAUCAUGACGACCAACAGAAUGGUGAUGGUUCUACCCAACAGUACGAUCACCGGGGUCGUCCUAUAAACCCUGAGACGAAAAAGAUUAAUAGAGACAUUAUAAGAUCACACAACGAAGUCAUGUUAGUUAUUGGGGUUGCUGAGCAAGAAAAUCCGACCUCAAGUCCAGAAGCCGAAUCUGAUAAGAGGCACGCAAUGUACGAGGACGAUGUCGGCCGUAAUCUUACCUUUUCCGCCUUUCGCUGCGUGGAUGCUGCUGGGGCGUUUGGCUUGGAUGGGUUUCGUCAACGUAUACUCAUUUACAAACGCUAUUCCCACAUUCCAUUCUGGGACCUGUAUGCGAGAUCUCAGAAUCCCUUUUCCAUCACCAGAUACAUCUUACCUGGUGCAUCACUCAACCUUUUAAGUAAUUAUGCUGAUCGGCAAGUGGCCUUAUUAUGGCGGGAUCGGCCAGAUAGACUGUUUAGUCGUCAACUAGUCCAUGAAAUAUGGUCGUACGUGCGAGUCCAUCUGGAGCUCUUCGUUGCAUUGCAACGGCUCGGUCUGGCUUCGAGUACCAGUUGGCUUCCAAGUCUUUUUUUCUUCAUUCCCUUUACCCAUGACUCGCCCAUCCCAGCUCCUCCGCCACUUUCUGGGUUUUCUUUCCAGUCAAUACUUCAAUGGGCAGGGGGCCUUUUCGUAUCGUCAACGCCUUUCCUCGUUUGGGUCAUCACGCAAAGAUUGACUCGCGACUGGUGGCCACAAAUAUUAGCAAGAAUAUACAGGCGGCUACCAAAUACUGGCCCACCUCCAGGGAUGACCAGUACUUGGACCCCAGCCGACAGGCCCCGUGAACGGCCAGAACAUCGACGCAAUCGUAGCACCGUUGAAGAUGUGUCUCCUAUCAGGCCCAUAGACGGCCAAAUGCCUAGCGAUACUGGUCCCGUGGAAGCUGUUCGACGGCCGAGCACUUUCUCCGCUAGAGGAGACGACUACGCCAGUGAUGAAGAGGACAACGAGGCGGUCAGCGCCACUCUGAUUAGUUUUGAUGUUGAGGCUACAGCUGAAACAAGUGAAGCACCUCCUGGGCUCUGGAGUGCAGAACUGAGGCCAAGUGUUGACGCAAGAGGAGCGGUCAUACCUACAACCACUUAUUGCGAUACUAUGCUUACGCAGCUCCCUCCUCUCAUCGCUUCGCAUGUUUUCGCCGAUGCAGUUCUGAGGCUAGCAAUUGCGCCGUGGGAGGCAACAGCACUGCGCUUGGUAGCAGGCACUUUCCGUCGACGUUUUGGCCUUCCAACUCAUGAUAUCUGCGGGAUCAAUCUAUUAGGAGAGUCAGGUCUUGUGUUCGCCAUCAACUUUCUUGGUAGUCAAGUGCUGCACUUGGCUGUUUGCGGCGAAAUUUGGGCCACUUUCACAGCUGUCGCCACUAUUUUCCACACGACCCCUGAAGAAUGGCGUGAAGCCGAAGAAGAGGAGCAGCAAGAAAACCGACACGACUGGCCAGACGAGAGGAUUUGA